AUGGCGUCUUCUUCAACUUCAUUCGUUCACAAGAGCUUUAAGUAUGAUGUAUUUUUGAGUUUUAGGGGUGAAGACACCCGUACGAACUUCGUUGAUCAUCUUUAUCAAGCUCUUAAACAAAAAAGCAUUCAUACUUACAAGGACGACCAGAGAAUCAAAAAAGGGAAAAACAUUAGUGAUGAGCUUAUCAGAUCCAUUGAAGACUCAAAAUUCUACAUCAUUGUUUUCUCCAAGAACUAUGCCUCUUCAUCUUGGUGUUUGGAUGAACUUGUUAAGAUAAUGGAGUGUCACAGGAGUAUCGAGCAUACUGCUUAUCCCCUCUUCUAUGACGUGGAACCUUCGGAAGUCCGCAAACAAAGCGGGUCAGUGGCAGAAGCCUUCGCCAAACAUGAAAAGAAAGAGGCUGCCAGGAAAUGGAGGGAGGCUCUGAAAGAAGCAGCAGAUCUGGCUGGAUGGGAGUUGAAGAAUACUGCUGCUGGGCAUGAAGCUCAAUUCAUCCAAAAGAUUGUGGAAGAGCUUUCAUUGGAGCUACAUUCCACCCAUUUAAGCAUUGAUAAGAACUUAGUAGGAAUGGAGACCCGGAUCAAUGAUGUUGUAUCAUAUUUAGGAAUUGGUUUUGAUGAUGUUCGCAUGAUUGGGAUCCAGGGGAUGGGAGGUGGUGGGAAGACAACCUUGGCCAGAGCUGUUUUUGAUCGAAUAUGCUUUCAGUUCGAAGGUAAAAGCUUUGUCGAGAAUGUGAGGGAAUUUUCAAAUGCUUCGUUAUCCGGUUUGAAGUUGUUGCAAAAUCAAGUCCUCUCUGACGUAUUAAAUGAUAAAGACAUCAAUGUAAGUAGUGUUUAUGAUGGUAAACACAUGAUGAAGAGGAUAAUGCCCAAUAGGAAGGUUCUUGUUGUUCUAGAUGAUGUGGAUCAUAUAGACCAACUUGAGGCGUUAGCUGGUGAGCCUAAUUGGUUUAAGCCGGGAAGUAGAAUUAUUGUUACAACAAGAGAUGAGCAAGUGCUCAUAGCACACAGAGUGAAGUUGAUUCAUGAUGUCAAUUUGUUAUCCGAUAUGGAAGCAAUUUGCCUCUUCAAUAAGUAUGCAUUUGGUGGCAAUAUUCCUAUUCAACAAUAUGAAAAGCUAUCCAACCAAGUUGUAGGUUAUGCUGCUGGUCUUCCUUUAACGGUCAGAGUUUUGGGAUCAUUUCUUUGUGGUAAAAAUGAGCUUGAAUGGGUAGAUUACUUAAAAAGACUAAAAAUGGUUCCUUUAGCAGAAACACUAAAAAGGCUGGAAUUAAGUUAUAUUGGUCUAGAGCAGGAUUACAAGGAAAUAUUCCUAGAUAUUGCAUGCAUCAUGAAAGGCUGGCGGAAAGACAAUGCAAUAAAAGCACUUGAAAGUUGCGGAUUACAUGCUAGAAAUGGUUUAAGAGUUCUUGAGCAGAGAUCUCUCAUAAGUAUUUCUAAUUAUAAUAGUCAAGGUUACAAGUGUGUGGGAAUGCAUGACCAUAUUCAAGAAAUGGGCAGGAAUAUUGUUCGUCGCUCUCACCCGGAUAAGCCUCACAAACAUAGCCGAUUGUGGAUUGCCGAUGAAAUUGAAGAGAUAUUGUCUAAUGAUUUGGGCACUAAAGCAACAAGAUGUAUACUACUCCAUGCCGAGAAACUCAAUCCGCAUAUUGUUCUAAAAGGUCUUGGAAAGAUGAAAAAACUUAGACUUCUUGCCCUGUAUCUUGGAUAUUGUUCCCGUACUUUAGAAUUUAAUAAUAUAGCCAACCCGGACUUUCCAAAUGCUUUACAAUAUCUACGUGUGGAUUAUUACCCUUGUUGGUCUUUACCCAAAGCAUUUCAAGCAAAUAAUCUUGUUUCACUUGAGAUGGCUAACAGUCAAAUCGUACAACUUUGGGAAGCGGGAGAAAACAAGGUUCUUAACAAGCUUAGAUUCCUUAACCUGAGUUGGUCAAAGUUGAGUACCCUUGACCUUAGGUUUAAUCCAAAUCUGGAGACGUUGAAUCUUAGAGGAUGCUCUGAUUUGGUAGAACUUCACAUGCAUGUUGGGUGUUUUAAGCUCAUAUAUGUCGACAUCUCACAUUCAAGGUUGAGGACUCUUGACCUUGGGCUAGCUCCGAAUCUCGAGAAGUUGAUUCUUGAUCGAUGCUGUGAUUUGGAAGAACUUCACAUGCCCAGUAGAUGUCUAAAUCUCAGAUCCCUACAACUCACUAAUUCAAAAUUAAGGACCCUUGACAUUGGGUUGACUCCGGUUCUCAAGAAUUUAGAUCUUGGAUAUUGUUAUUAUUUGGAAGAACUUCACAUGACCGAUGAAAGUCAAAAGCUCAAAAACCUAAACAUUUUUCAUUCAAAAUUGAGGACCCUUGACAUUGGGCGGACUCCGGUUCUCGAGAAUUUAGAUCUUAGAGAUUGUUAUUAUUUGGAAGAACUUCACAUGGCCGAUGAAUGUCAAAAGCUCAAAAACCUCAACAUUUGUCAUUCAAAAUUGAGGACCCUUGACAUUGGGCUGACUCCGGUUCUCGAGAAUUUAGAUCUUGGAGAUUGUUAUUAUUUGGAAGAACUUCACAUGGCCGAUGAAUGUCAAAAGCUCAAAAACCUCAACAUUUGUCAUUCAAAAUUGAGGACCCUUGACAUUGGGCUGAUUCCGGUUCUCGAGAAUUUAGAUCUUGGAGAUUGUUAUUAUUUGGAAGAACUUCACAUGGCCGAUGAAUGUCAAAAUCUCAAAAACCUCAACAGUUGUCAUUCAAAGUUGAGGACUCUUAACCUUGGGCGGACUCCAAAUCUUAGGACAUUAUAUCUUCAAGAAUGUUGUAAUUUGGUGGAACUUCACAUGCUUGAUAGAUGUCUAUAUCUCAUGUCCCUACAACUUGCUAAUUCAAAGUUGAGGACUCUUGACAUUGGCCUUACUCCAAAUCUCAAGACAUUAGAUCUUAGAAACUGUUAUGAUUUGGAAGAACUUCACAUGUCCGUUGGAUGUUUAAAGCUCACAUCCGUCGACCUCACACAUUCAAGGUUGAGGACUCUUGACCUUGGGUUGGCUCUGAAUCUUGAGAUAUUGAUUAUUGAUCAAUGUCCUGAUUUGGUAGAACUUCAAAUGCCUAAUAGAUGUCUAAAUCUCAUAUCCCUACAAAUCACCAAUUCAAAAUUGAGGACCCUUGACAUUGGGCUGACUCCCAAUCUCAAGAAUUUAGAUCUUGAAAAUUCUUAUUAUUUGGAAGAAUUUCACAUGGUCGAUGACUGUCAAAAGUUGGCAAACCUCAACCUUAGUCAUUCAAAGUUGAGGACCCUUAACCUUGGGCUGACUCCAAAUCUCAAGAACUUAUAUCUUGCACAAUGUUGUAAUUUGGUAGAACUGAUCACUCCUCUUGGAUGUCUAAAAGAGAUUUCCCACUUGUACGUAAGCGGUGGUUUGGGCUUUAGAGCUCUUAUGUUUCAGGCAAAGGGUUAUAGAUCUUGUAGUCCUUUAGCUGAGUUACAUCUGAUUGAGGUGUCCCUAGAAAGCUGCCCACUUCAUCCCGACAAUAGCUUGUCACUUACUAGAAAUUUUGAGAUGCUUAUUUAUUUUUAUAGAGAAGAUCAGCUCUCACUGACUAGAAAUUUUGAGAUGCUUAUUUCUCUAGUCAAGUGUGCUUGCACAAGCCUUGAGAAGAUUUCAGGAAGCAUUUGUGGGUUACGACGUUUAAGAAAGCUUAAAAUGGAAGGAAGUUUUGUGGAGGUGCCCAAGGACCUUGAUGGGUUGGAAUGUCUCGAGGAGUUAAUAUUGUUGUCUACAAAGAUAAACCAUCUUCCAGACAGCAUUUGCAAGUUGAAACAUCUGAAAUCUCUCGAACUCAACUCAUGUUCUCUUCUUGAGAAGUUACGUGAGGAUCUUGGCCGGUUAGAAUGUUUAGAGAAGCUCACUUUGUAUUUUACAACAAUUAAAGAUCUUCCGGAUAGCAUUUGUAUGUUGAAACAUCUGAAGUCUCUCGAACUUAACGCUUGUUUUCAUCUUGAAAAGUUACCGGAGGAUCUUGGCCGAUUAGAAUGUUUAGAGAAGCUCACUUUGUAUUAUGCAACCAUUAAACAUCUUCCGGAUAGCAUUUGUAUGUUGAAACAUCUGAAGUCUCUUGAACUUAAUUCAUGUUUUCUUCUUGAGAAGUUACCUGAGGAUCUUGGCCAAUUAGAAUGUUUAGAGAAGUUCACUUUGUUAUAUGCAACCAUUAAACAUCUUCCAGAUAGCAUUUGUAUGUUGAAACAUCUAAAGUCUCUCGAACUUAACUCCUGUUUUUUUCUUGAGAAGUUACCCAAGGAUCUUGGCCGAUUAGAAUAUUUAGAGAAGUUAAAAGUAAUGAAGUGUGAACGUUUACAAGAAAUCCCAAAUAGCAUUGGUGAGAUGAAAUAUCUAAAACAUAUCAAUCUUGCCAAUUGUAUUCGAAUUGAGAAGUUGCCAGAGGCACUUGGAUGUAUAGAGUGCUUAAAAGAGUUAGAUAUAGAAGGUACAAGCAUAAGUCAUAUUCCACAGAGCAUUCUCUUGUUGAAAGGGGAUGAUUUUAAGAAGCUUGGAAGGACAGGAAAAGCCAAUACACAAAGAACUAUUGUAACAGGGAUAUGGCCUUUCUUAAUUGAGCAAGUCUCAACGCCACAAUCAUGGGUCGGGCUUUUAAAGUGGUUGUAUACUGUAUGUUUGUAUCAUACAAUGCUUCUCAAACAGUUGUGUCUGUUGCAGAUCUUAACACAACAGGCAUUGAGGAAGGGAAAAGGAUCGAUAUAUAAGUGA